AUUAGAUCUUUAAAGAAAGAGACAAGUCAGACCAGACGUUCAUUGCAAGGAAUACGGAACAGAAGGCUAAAGCGAAGAAAUGAAGACUAUCGCUGGAAUAAUUCUUCUUUUUACGAUAUUUUUUCAAGUCAGAGCUGAAAGUGUAAGAGCAGCAUGUGGAAACGAUAUAUGGGAUCCCCGUUACGAUGUUUGCUGUAAUGGCAAAGCAUUCCAACAACUCUAUGGACCACAGCACACUAAGUGUUGUGGCAAAGGAAUCUUCAAUGCCCAUAAAGAGAUUUGUUGUGCGGGAAGAAGAAAUUCGGCUGGUGAAGCAAAUCAGUGUUGUGGACAGACGAGUUUUGAUCCCAAUAAAUCGAUUUGCUGCUCAGGUAAAGUUAUUGCAAAGAUUUCGUCAACAACAACCCAGUGUUGUGGAAAGAUGAGUUAUGAUAUAAGCACAUCAAUUUGCUGCGCGGGAAAAGUAUAUAACAAUAACGGAAGCAAGUCAGAAUGUUGCGGGAACGUCAAGUACGAUCCAAGUACGUCAGUUUGUUGUGACAGUAAAGUUGCACCAAAAUUGACAGAAAACACAACAAAAUGCUGCAGACGAAAAAGUUAUGAUUCCAGUUCAUCAAUUUGCUGUCAAAACAAGAUCAGCCCCCUACCAGUAAAUGCUAGUGGAUAUCAGUGUUGUGCUAAUAUGCCCUAUGACCCCAAGUCGUCUGUUUGUUGCCAUGGUAAACCUGCACCUCUUUUUCCUGGGGAUACAACAUUGUGUUGUGGUGUUAAAAGCUACGACUCCACUGUGUCAGUUUGUUGUGCAGAGAAAAUUAGCGAGAAAUCAAAAAAUGCCACAGACUGUUGUGGAACUGUGCCAUACAAUUCAGCUACUUCGAUGUGUUGCUCUGGAGUGCCUUUACUUAAAAUGUCUGAUCUGCCAUUUCAAUGCUGUGGAAAAGAAAGUUACAAUCCAUUGGAAUCACUUUGUUGUGCCAGAAGCAUUGUCCCAAAAAGAUUUGCAGAAGACACGCAAUGUUGUGGUAAACAUUCCAUCAACUCCAACACGCAUCUUUGCUGUGGGAACAAAACACCAUUCCGCAGAAAGAUUGAUGACACUGCACAAUGCUGCGGAGCAAAUAAAUAUGAUAUAAAAGAGUUUAUUUGUUGUAAGGGUAGAAUUAUAAGAAAGCGAUACGGUAAGUACACAAAAUGCUGUGGAAAUAAAAGAUUCAACGCCAAACCACGUGGUAAAGGUGAAAAUAAGUGGGUGCCAAUUUGUUGUGAAAACAAAUUAUACCAUCCAAGAUAUUCCAUCUGCUGUAAUGGAAAAAGAGUACCAAAAAGUAAAGGUUGUAAUGCGUAGUGCAACAAAUUAGAUACUAGCAACUUUUUAUGAUAUAAUUUUGUUUGAAGACUUUCUAGCAUUUUAGUAUAGGUCCAUUUUUAACUAUUGUUAACUAUUAUAAACCAAAACAUUUAAAUGUACAAUGAAACUUGUGCAAUAUCGAUGCAUUAAAUAAACUGAUGUUGAACUGUG